AUGGGUUCCAACAGCAAGCCGAAGGCGCUGCUUCUGGGAAAGAUAGACCAGAAUAUGCUGAUAGGGUUUAUUUCAUGUUUAUCUCUCCAAAGUGCCCAUUCAGCUUGGGCCAGUCUGGCAGAUAUUGCAGAUCUUGUUGAAACAAAGGCCACUAAUCGUGCCGAAUUCAUUCAGGAGUGCCUCACUGGCAAGCUCGAUGGCGUCCUCGUGGCUUAUCGGACUUUUGAGUCAUCAAGCGUCACAGGCCUCGUCGAUGAGGAAUUGGUCAACGUGCUGCCGAAUUCAUUGAGAUAUCUUGCACAUUGCGGAGCUGGAUAUGACCAAAUCGACGUUGAUGCCUGUAGCGCGCGCUCGCCACCGGUGCUAGUCUCCAAUGUUCCAACAGCCGUCAACGACGCAACCGCAGAUGUUAAUAUGUUCUUGAUAAUUGGGGCACUGCGCAACUUUAACACAAGCAUACUGGCCCUGCGAGAAGGGAAAUGGAAAGGCCAACCGCCUCCAAAGCUGGGCCAUGACCCUCAAGGGAAAGUCCUUGGAAUCCUGGGCAUGGGGGGAAUCGGUCGGAAUUUGAAAAAGAAGGCGGAAGCCUUUGGACUGGAGAUUAUCUACCAUAACCGCAGAAAACUGAGUGAUGAGCUUGCCGACGGUGCGGAAUAUGUAUCCUUUGAUGAAUUAUUGGGGAGGAGCGAUGUGAUUAGUUUAAAUUUACCAUUGAAUAAAAGCACGCGGCACAUAAUCAGCCAUGCCGAAUUCGCCAAGAUGAAACAAGGCGUGGUCGUUGUAAACCCCGCCCGCGGCGCUGUCAUCGAUGAAGAUGCCAUGGUCCAAGCGCUGGACAGUGGCAAAGUGCUAUCUGUCGGCCUAGAUGUGUUCGAAGACGAGCCCAAUGUGCACCCGGGCCUCUUGCGCAACCCGAAUGUCAUGCUAGUGCCGCAUAUGGGCACCUACACUACCCAAACAGCCAUGGAAGAAUGGGCGAUCGACAAUGUGCGCCAGGCCAUUGAAAAGGGCAAGUUGAAAUCUCCCGUUCCCGAACAGGGAGAGAUGUCGCGGGUAUCGUGA